ACGGGGUUGAUGAAGAAAGCAUUUGUUGCUCUUCUUGAAGGAUGGAUUUGAAAGGGAAAGUUGCUUUGAUAACAGGAGCUGCGGCCGGAAUAGGAAGAGCUUACUGCGAGGAACUUCUCAGGCAUGGAGCUAAGGUUUCAAUAUGUGAUCUGAAUGCUGAGGUUGGGGAGAAGUUGGCAGAUCAAUUGUGUACAAAGUAUGGACAUGGAAAAGCACUCUUUUGUCAAUGUGAUGUCACAGACUAUCCUCAAUUCGAAGAAUCCUUCCAGAAGACCAUAUCAGCUUUCGGAGGCCUUGAUAUCGUUAUAAACAACGCUGGCAUUUUCAACGACAGAUUCUGGGAACUAGAAGUGGAUGUUAAUUUAAAUGGUGUGAUACGAGGGACAUUGCUGGCGUUGCGGUUCCUUGGCAAGGACCGCGGAGGUCGAGGAGGGACUGUUAUCACCACAGCGUCCACACUUGGCCUCCAACCUUGCGCUUGUGUGCCAAUCUACACGGCCACCAAACACGCCAUCAUAGGCUUCACUCGCUCUCUUGGUGACCCUUUCCACAUGAGUCUGUCGGGUGUAAGGAUGAUGGCUCUAUGUCCUGGAGCCACUCGGACAGAAUCCAAUGCAGAUGAAAUUAAGAAAGGUCUCCUCUUCCCCGACUACGAAGCCGCUUAUCAUCGAGACUACGACAACAGGGUUCAUCAACCGGUAGAAGCUGUUGCCAAGGCACUCAUUCACAUCCUACAAAAGGGCACAAGUGGGUCUGUCUGGGUCGUAGAAAACCAACAAACACCCCGGGAGGUAAAACUACCUGCCUCCAUCUAAACUGUUCAACCAACUUGUACAAAUUUUUAUACAGUUUUUAUUAUCCAGUUCUUGUAAUUUCUUGUCUGGUUGGUGAAAAAACCCGCAGAAAGGUCCUUUAACUUCAACCAUCGAUUUCGGAAAUUAAAUUAGACAUCCCAUCUACAUGGAUUAACUGAAGCCAAUUUUUACUUAUAAGAUAGUUCAAUAAGGACCUCACAGAGUUUGCUAUAGUAAAAAUGGUAUUUUCUCUUUAAGUUUUCCAUAUUUUAAACAUUUAUUUGACAUAAAAAUUGCUAUGAACUACAGUAAUUUGUCAUUUCAGAUUAGCUUUUAAUGUGUAAAGAUUGAAACUACAGUAGGCUCCCAAUCUAGCUACCUUUCAAUCUGAAGGCGUUGUUGCAGUCUGGUAUAAAUAAAACAAUAGUUUUGGCAACACACCAUUUAUUAAUAUUUACUACACACUAUGUAUUAAUGUCCAUUUUAAAUUGACUCCCUUUCAGAGACCUUGUCAAAAUAAAUUGAAAUACUAAUAAAUUGGUUUAAAACACGAUUUUAUGGAAUCCAAUUGCUGCUAAAGGCAACUUUUUUUUUCUCGUGUCUACCCAAGUGGCAAUUUUAAUAUUGAAGUCUAAAUUAGUUAAAACGCUUUCAAGGAAAAGCGGUUCAGACCCAUUAAAGUUUUGUGGAUGUGCCGAGAAUUGAAUUUUGACUUUAGUGGAGAAAAUUAUACUGUACUACUGGCCUGAAGACGACUUGUCAAAACUCGUAACCUACAAGAUCGAAGAAGUCUUCUUGAGGUAAACUAGUUGCCUUAACAGUUGGAUCACAUGAAGGCAGACCAACUUAAAUUACACAACUCGAGACAGUUUAAUUUAAUUUGCAAUUUAAAGACUAUUUGUUACCCUAAAAAAUUCUACCAACCAGACAAGAAACAGAAAUACCUCUUGGCUUUUGCAUUUAGUAUCCAAGCUAUACCAAGUGGACAAAUGUUUGUAUUAUUUUUCUACGUUUUUUACCUUUUUGAACGAUAGAUAAGACGUGUUGGGAAAACUUAUACAAACACGUUAUACUGUGUUCUUACAUUGAACCUUAAUUUGAAUUUUACAUGCUUAUACAUUUUAAUUAAUUCAUAUUUGAUGUGGUAAUUAAAUAAAGUAAUCUUGCAUGCAUAACGGAUCUUCGUACAGUUUUAAGGAAACAAUGGUUUAUUUCCAGAAAUUUCAAAUUGUAUAUAUGUAUAGUUUAUGUCACUCAGGUUUAUUAUGAGUACAUUUAUGAGAUGAAGAGAAAACAAUAAUAA